CACACCGUGACGAACGCGAUUGUGUCACAAUGUCCUCAUCGUCGCGCUCGACAGUGUCGACGACGUCCUCGCCGUCAAUGGCGUCGGCAACGACGCCCGUCUACAAGGGCAAGUUUGUCAACAGAUCCUGGGGCCAACUCCCACCAGAAAUCAUCAGAAUGAUCUGCACGAAUACCUUGCUGUUAGCACACCAACAAAUGUUCCUCCCUUCCUCAUGGUUAUCGAAGGAAGUCUGGCCAGGAAGGAUGCUCUACAUAGCCCUGCGCGAUCAGGUUUACGUUGAGAAGCUCAUGAAAGUAUGCCCAUCAUGGCAGGCAGCUCUUGAACAGCACACUUUCUGGCAACACGCCAUUUAUGCCUUUGACCCUGCAGACAUACUCAUCAACACAUCAACGAUCGUCCAAACCGGCUCCUCCAACACCGUCCGAGUGAGCCCAUAUCGACACUUUCGACACAUCGUUACGCAUUCGUGUACCGUAUGCCGCCUCAACACCCCAUUGUCCUACCUCGGCCUCAAUAAUGCCAAACGGUUCGUCCUCCUUCCCUACCACGGGCAUGUCAGCGUCUGCAAAGAGCACCACAAACGCGAUUUCUGCGGUGUCUGCCUACGAAGUCCCUGCCCGCCCCAUCUCAGCUACGUGCAACAUCAGGCGGAGAGUGAGAUGAUCGCCUGCGCCGAGAACGAGGACCUCGAGACUUGGCCGAACAUCUUCACGACGUGCAAGUACUGCCGCUCUGAGGCUCUCUGGAAGCGGAUGAGCAACUCUCCAGCUGACAGGGAGGCCGUCGGACAGGGUCCGCCACAAUGGGCGGCCGACGAUUGGGAGACGAGACAGGUCAUCGAUACAUUCAUCGAUCUCGGAGAGGGCACCGUCGACGAGGUCAUCCGUGUGGCGCAGGAGAAGAAUUGGCUUCGUCGGUAUACCCGCUUUGCGGAUAUCAUGGAGCAGGCCGUCGCUUCGCAGAAGUACGAGCUCAAGCUUACUGGUGGCGGGGCUGGUGGCGGUUACGUGAAUGAGGGAGAGGACGACUCGUUUGAGCUUGAAGAUGAUAGUUUCGAGCUGCAUCAGCGGGCGGAGGACAGUGGCGCGAAGGCGCCCGCAUGUGAGGCGUGGGUCCGUGAGCGCAUCCUCGACGGUCAUUGGAUCUCUCCAGCGGAUGAUUAUUACAAUCAGCGUCCGGCGGCCGAGCUACUGCCGGCGGCUGAGCAUCCCGCCGCAUGGCUUCUCGACGAGCACGCAGUCACCACCCGGCACCCGACUCCCAAAACCAUCGCCGUACCGGCCGCACCGACAUAUCAUCUCGCCGAGGCCUUGUACCGGAUCCACAAAGUCAAGACCCGCGAGAUUCUCCUCCCUCCAAUGAGCAACAUCGUCAAGCGCAUCAUGCUCGACUCGAGGAACGGCGAAGAGGCAAUCAGGAGGGCGUCGAAGCUGAACUUGGAGGAGCUCUUCCAGGUGCUGAGGGAGACUUGGCCUUGGGUGAAGGAGCAGCUCGCCGACGAACAUGUACGCAAGGCAGCAGUUUUGAAACAUGCGGACGACUCGAGCUCAUCUUCGACAAAGUCUGACGGGUCGCAUACCACGAGUCCGGUUCUUAGCACGACAACAUUGCAGACGACGCCAUCUCCGCCUCCGAAGGAUGCGGGUCCUGCCUCGGACGAUACGUUGGAUGUUAUUGGACCGAGACCGGACGAGAUGGCGUCGAUGUGUAUGGAGGCGUCCAGUUUGAUGCGGUACAUCCCCUUCGUCCCAUUGACGGCAGAGUGUCUCCCGCCGUACAGCCACGAAGCGAUCAAAUCGGUGUGGCGUGAGGCAUGUGCCCCACUCUAUCAUUGUGCUUGCAGUAUUUGCAAACGUACAUUAAUGCAGUCGAAAGCCGCCGAGGCGGCUCAGAAUCCUCAGGCUUACACCUAUCCCCCCCAGUCGAACCCAUACCCUCAGACCAACGUCAAUCCAUACCCACAAAACCAGCAAUCAUAUCCUCAGCCGAUCGUCGCCACUCACGACCCUAAUGUCGAGUCACCCGUCAUCGCUCACCCAUCUCCCGUCAUCUCUAUCCCACCACAACGGCAGGAGUACAUUCCGUCGACUUAUUCGGAUCUAGAAGACGAGAGCGAAGAUGAAGACGACGACGACGAUCUUGACGGGGAGGGUGAGCUCGACGGCGUGCACAAUUAUUAUGAUUGGCCGCAAGACGAGGAAGGGUGGGAAACAGACCAUGAAGCGACCGAGACUAUUCAGGCCUCCGGCGGAGUGGAUGUGGGCGUGGAGAAAGAAGAUGGUGUGAAGGUGGACGGGUAUACCCUCACCGAGGAGGGUAAAGUAUCAAGGCAUCGGGGUCAGGAGGUCGAUGGUGCCGUGGACAAGGGAAAGGGAAAGGGGAAAGGCAAGGGGAAGGUGGUGGUUGAGUCGAACGCGCAACCUUUAUGGGGGUUCGGGCCUGCACCGACGUUGACGGAGCCUAAAGUCCCUAUUCCGAAUAUCAGGAAGAGCGGACAUCAGCCUCCCGGCUCUGUUGCGUCGGUUCCGAUCUCCCAUUCCAACUCCAGGUCCAAAAUAUCGCUUGCGUCGCCGGAGCCUCAACGGACGCCAUCGCGGAAAAGGACGUCAGAAGAGUUAGAGGAGGAUGGCUCGCCGACCGGUUCUUUCGUAACCUCGAGCGAGAGUGAGCAGGAGCCGUCUGGUGUUUCACCUGCGACUCCCCCGAAACGGGCGCGGAGAGAGGGCGCGUACUCGGACGUUCGAGUGGAUGAUCUAAAUCCGCGGUUGAAGAAGAGGAGUUCGGGUGAUGUGGACGUUGAUCCGGAUGGCGAGAGUCCGACGCCGACGAGAAGAAUGACCGGGAAGAGGGCGAGGGUGUCGGUUUCGCCCGAAGAGGAGGUCGGCCAGCGAGCGAAUGCGGAAGAGCGGAGGAUCGCUGGGAGUCGGGGGGCGAAUAUGUUCAAGAUGUUGUCGAGAAUGAAGGGGAAGGUGGAUGAGACGGGAUGAAGUGCUCUCUUUUCACGAUUUCAUAAUGCAUCUGUGUAUCUUCUAUGAGUUAUAUCAGACAUUCAUCUGUACAACGUCUUUUGUGUGCUUGUAGUUUGGGCCGUUGCUCAGGUUCAGUCCUUUCCGCAUCGUCGCCGCUCUCCUAUUCCUCUUGACCAUCGCUACCCCUUCCCAACGGACUCACCACCCCUUCCAAAUUCGUGUUUCGUGUUCUUGCGUUGUGGAUACCAACCAAUCGUCAUCUUGCUUAGACCCUCGCGCCACCGCUACAUCUCUAUUCCCAAAUGUACAUCUAUCUUUCUUCCCUUCUUCCUCGUCUAUCCAACCCGACACGCUCCUCUACCCUCAACAUUCCAUCAUCGUCGUUUUUGUCCACUUUGUUCAUCCAUCCCCUAACCUGUAACCCCUUCCCCCUCGACCCUUUUGAAUGUCUUCCCCCGGAGCGUGUCCGGAC